ACACCUCGGACGGUGAUCUCGUACACCAUUAAUUUUCGUCCUGCAGGACGCAGCAUCAAACUAGCAAAUAGCAAAGUGAGGAAGGAUGACAGAGGAAAGCAAAGAAGCACAGAUCGAGCUCAGCCCAAUAGAGCAGCUACCACCAUCUCUAUUUUGCGAAAUCGCCAAAUACUUGGUGGUGGUGGAGUAUGACGACGAGAACGAGAAGUGCGACCCAAGAUGGCGGCCAUUCCUUUGUCGUGUCCGUCUCAAGAGAGGGUACGCUUUGGCCGUCUGCUCUCGCCGUUGCAAUGAAUUAUUCGAAGAAUCGGCCAAGAACUUUGUUGGUUUCUACCUGCCAAAGAACUAUUUCUUACCACACGUUCCCAUAGACGAGGAAUCAUCAUCUCAUCUGGCCAGAUUUUACCAUAUCAAAGGGCUGGAAGUAAAGUUUCGCUACGCAAGUAAAUGCCUUCAAGAUUUCAUGGGCACUACUGCUGUCAAGGAGAGGGGCAGACAAAACAUACAGCUAGAAACGGAUCUUAUACGACACGCCGAGCGCGUACUGUCUGGGCCGCUUGUCCAUAACUAUGCGUGUGGGGUUUUGCUCGAUUGUACAAGGGCAUGUGCGAGAUCGUUGCAUGUUCCUAACAGCGGAGAAAUUCAGCCAGAUCCCAAAGUGGCUGAAGCAGCUGCAGUUGCCUUGGACAAGAUUGUUACUCUCAGAAGACUUCUCGCUGCAGCAGGGGGUUGUGUUGGUUCCCAUUACGCAAGAAGCCCAUUAUAUCCCUUGUCUCUGCUGUACUUUGCAUGGCUCAAGGCCACAAAACCCAACUAUGCCAAGGCGGAACAAGCACUGCUGGAACUCCUGCGGGAAUUGGCUGAUCCUGCCGCCCCAAAAACCGCUAUUGUCCAGGACACCCAAUUAAAAGCCUUCCGCACUCUGUUUCGUCUCUACAUGAAGUCACGAAGACUUGAUGAUUGCUUUGAUUUGAUGCAAAGAGCGCGAAUGGAAACAAAAGGCUUGGAUCCGGUGCAUAUAUGGACGUGCACUGGUAUUGUGGCGGAUUACGCCAGCCAGUUGGGUCUCGCUCGUUCCAUCACUUUUGUCUCCGAAGCAGUUGAUGAGCUGAAUUGUGUCCAACUGCCAUCUGAAGAGCUGCGAUGGAGAACACGGUAUAACGCAGCUGAUUGGCACAGAUAUAGGCAAGGCUGUUCUACCCGAUUGAGAGAGUUGCGAGAUCGUCAGGGCUGGGGGGAAGCUUGAAGUAUCUGCGGAUUCCAGCGUAGAACACAUGUAGCGCAUUCUAAAUAGUGGGUAUCAGUAAAGGCAUGUUCGUGUCUUCCCUUUGAACGAUAAUAUUGUGUCCCUGCCU